CACGUGACGCGGCCCCUCCCAAGAUGGCGGAUAACCUGCCCUGCGAGUUCGAUGUGGUGGUGAUCGGGACGGGUUUGCCUGAAUCUAUUGUUGCAGCGGCAUGUGCCAGGAUUGGCCAGAGUGUUCUUCAUCUGGAUUCGAGAAAUUACUAUGGUGGAAACUGGGCCAGCUUUAGUUUUUCAGGAUUAUUGUCCUGGAUUAAAGAAAAUCAGCAAAAGACAGAUACCAGUGAUGAAUGUGAAGACUGGAGAAAACUGAUCCUUGACAAUGAAGAAGUUAUUUCUCUUAGCAAGAAGGAUAAAACUAUUCAAAAUGUAGAAGAUUUCUGUUUUGGCGAUCAGGACUCAGCUAAAGAUGUUGAAGAAGCUGGUGCAUUGUCCAAGCUGCCUGUCUUUGGAGCUGCUGAGGCUGAGGGGGUUGCUGAGGAAUCAGAAAAAGAUUGCCCACCAACGGAGAGUGCCGACACGGAGAGCCGGGAACCAGAAAAGGCUGCAGACACCGAGCCAGCAAGUGCAGCGGAAGGGAAGGAUGAGGAAAUAACCCCUGAGAAUGAAGGUUCUCGGAGUACGGCUUUAGGUGAUUCCACUCUGGAUUUGGGAAAAGCUGAAGACGCAUCCUCAGAAAUUUCUGCCCCAGAACCAAAGAGAAUUACGUAUUCCCAGAUUGUUAGAGAAGGCAGAAGGUUUAACAUUGAUUUAGUUUCCAAGUUGCUUUACUCUCGAGGUCUGUUAAUUGACCUGCUGAUUAAGUCGAACGUUAGCAGAUAUGCAGAGUUCAAAAAUGCAACAAGAAUUCUUGCCUUUCGCGAUGGAAAAGUAGAACAGGUUCCUUGUUCUAGAGCAGAUGUCUUCAACAGCAGACAGCUCACCAUGGUUGAAAAGAGGAUGCUAAUGAAAUUUCUGACAUUUUGUUUGGAAUACGAACAACACCCCGAUGAAUACCAAGAUUAUGAGAGUAGUACAUUUGCUCAGUUCUUAAGGACGCGGAAGUUAACACCCAGCUUGCAGCACUUCAUUCUUCACUCUAUUGCAAUGGUCUCGGAGACAGAUUGCAGCACUCUUGAAGGACUUCAGGCAACAAAAAAAUUUCUCCAGUGCCUUGGCCGCUAUGGCAAUACACCAUUCCUGUUUCCUCUCUAUGGUCAGGGAGAGAUUCCACAGUGCUUCUGCAGGAUGUGCGCUGUGUUCGGUGGUAUCUAUUGUCUUCGCCAUCCUGUGCAGUGCCUUGUAGUGGACAAAGGAUCUGGACGAUGCAAAGCUAUUGUGGAUCACUUUGGACAAAGAAUAAGUGCUAAGUAUUUUAUUGUGGAAGAUAGUUACCUUUCAGACAGUGUAUGCACAAAUGUGCAUUACAGGCAGAUCUCCAGAGCAGUGCUCAUUACAGAUCGGUCUGUACUAAACACAGAUUCAGAGCAGCAGGUUUCCAUUCUGACAGUGCCUCCAAUGGAAGUAGGAAAACCAGCAGUUUGUGUCAUUGAGUUGUGUUCCUCAACCAUGACAUGCAUGAAGGACACUUAUUUAGUCCAUUUGACCUGUCCAUCAACUAAUACUGCUAGGGAGGAUUUAGAGCCGGCUGUACAGAAGUUAUUCAAUCUAAAUACAGAAAAAGAGACUGAAAAUGAAGAACUGGAGAAACCUAAAGUCCUGUGGGCAGUGUACUUCAACAUGAGGGACUCCUCAGGAAUUGACAAGAGUUCAUACAACAGCUUACCCUUAAAUGUUUAUGUCUGUUCUGGACCGGACUCUGCUUUAGGGAACGACUGUGCUGUCAAACAGGCUGAGACUAUUUUCAGAGAAAUGUUUCCUACCGAGGAAUUUUGCCCACCAUCACCAAAUCCAGAAGAUAUUAUUUAUGAUGAAGAUGGGAUUGCACCAGAAGAGGCUGGAUUGAGUAAUUCACCAGAGACAAAACCUGAUACCUCAGUGGAGGAAGGCAGUAGCGAAGGUAGUGCUGCUCUUAAGAAAGAAGAUAAUGAAGACUGAAUUAGCACUGUUCUUUCAGUAGAAGAGGAGGUUGACCCGAACUAAAAUGUAAGGGAGGAAGGGUAAGAAAAAGAGGUUUAAAACCCCCAUAGCUGUAUUUUUUGCAAUUGCCUUACUUUCCUUAGCUAAAAUAAUCUUGGUUUUUGUCAAACAGUUUCUUUGAUAGCUGGGACAUUUCUAAAUAGUCUCAAGUCCAGCAGACCCAGGGGUGUUUGUAGCGAAACAAAAACCAGAAUAAAGCAUUUGCAUUUAAAAUGCUGAAAUAGGAUUCAUGGUUUAUUGAGAGAAUUUCGUUGUUUUACAUCUUGGAAGGAAUCCUCCAUCUAAAACUUUAAACAGGCAAUGAGUCAAAACUAAUCAAAAGAAAAAAAGUGGGCUCUUACUUACCACUCAGAAGAUCUUCCAAGACAGCAUAUCACAGUUCUACUAAAAAUGAUGGAUCUGUGCCAAUUAAACAGGUGAAGGUGAGCUUCAUAGUCUGUCCUUUGAAGUGCUUUUAUGAAUGGAACUUAAAGGCAAUAAUAUUGACAUUUCUGGAGCGUCUUUACAGUAGGUAAAGGUCUAACAGAUAGGAUUUUCUGUAAUGACCUUAUUUACUGUAGCUAGGAAAACAAAACAGCACAAUUAGAACUUAAUGCUGGAUUCCCCCCCCCCUCAAAAAAAAAAAAUUAAAAUCAUAAUUGGAUCAUCCCUUGUAAGCUUUCCUGCAUUUGUUGCAGUAUUUGGGCCUUUAUAAGCCAGUAGGUAAUCUUUGAAAUAUGGUGUCUGAGAAGUUUACAUGUUCAUUAAUUGAGGGGAUUUUGUGGUGGGGAGAGGGUUCCACUUAUAAUUCCAAAGGUUUGUAUUGCUCCUGGUUAAUAAGAUAAAAAUGAGUUGUAAAUUAUGCAUUUUGUAAUGAUAAAUCAUAAAGCAUUUAUAUAAUAAAAUUUAUUGAAGUAUUUAUAAGCCUAGUUUGUAUGAAAAAUUACGAAAUUAGAAAGCUGUUGUAAACGAGCGUGAUAAACUUGCACUUCUGAACAAUGCUUGAAAUCAGAUAUUCGGAUGAUGAAAAAUAUUUAGCCUUUACUUAAAGAUUUAUCUUAAAACGUACACCUAGUAGAUGUGCAGUGUAUCUGAAUAGAGCGGUCAGUGAAUUUUGGUCAGUUGGGGUUUAAACUUCUACAGGAACUGAGAUGUAGUUCUAGCAGUGCUUAAAUACUGUACAUGAAUAAAAAAUGCAAUUGAAUAGAGAAUAUUCCGGACUGCCUGAACUUGGCUCAUCCAGGCUUUUGUACAGUUUCACAGUGCACGUGCCUGCCCUUACAACGGCUUCAUGCCAUAAAGGUUAGUUUAUUUAUUUUUUUACUGCGUAACGGAUACAGUUAACUUCAGUUUGUCUUGCAUCAGAAUACCUUGUCCAGGUUGCAUUUCAGAAACGGGUUUGUUUGUGUUUACACUCUUUAUUUACUGGAUUGGUACCAUUGUGUGUAUAAUCCCAACGUCCUCAGAAAAAUACGUGGUUGAAAUGUUUCCAAUGUUAACCCGCAGUUAUCUUGGGAUAUUUGUGAUUGAGCAGUUAUUUAUAUAUAGUGAUAAGCGGACUGCCUCUUCAUUUAGCUGUACUUUUUAUGUGUAUUGGAAAGCAUGAGUAGAUGGUAAUUGUGUUUAACAUCUACAGAUCUGUAAAAGAACCAAGUGGAGGACCUAGUCCCUGUUUGUCUUUCCGUAAUAGGGAUCAGAGUUGAAUUUUUCAUCUUGUAUGUUUACAAGGAAAUCAUUUGAUGAAAAUUAAAGGUUUGCUUGCAAGUCCA